AUGCCGUGCGGUGGAACUACCGAGUCAGGCGGACGUCUGGUUUGUGGAGAGGAUGGAGGUGGUGGCUUGACUACAGUGAAAAAAAACAAGAUUAACACACCGGCUCAGACCGUCGGAUCGAAUCGUUCAACUGUAACACCCUUCCGAUGCCUUACCGCCAUGCCACCCGAAGGAAGUGCGAGGACUAGGAUACUGCCCGGUAGCCCAAGUCUAGACAUGGGAAGUCGAGUGGCAGAGGUCGGGUUCGAAUCACGGACCUUCCGGUCAGUAAAUUCGCGCUAUAACUACCGAGCUAUCCGGAAAUGGUCGAAUUCUUUUCCAAACUAA